AGUUCGGUUGCCCGUGCUAAGAAAAACGUGCUCAGCAAUAAGUUGCUUUUUGUGCGAAUUUAACCCAAAAAGCUCGCGACGCAGCAGGUCCAGAACUACUUGACUGGAACCAAUUCGAAAGAUUUGGUCCGUCCAUCUUCAAGUGGUCUUUGUGUGCGUUGAAGGCUUGAACCUUCGCAGCCUAGUUAGCUUAGCAUAGCCUGCGAACAAAGAACAACGUGAACAUCAAGUUGGAACCACAUAGUGUGCAAAAAUGCGUGCAAGAAGGACGCCAGCCGCAAAGUUGGAGGCGGAACUUUGUGGCACAAAAGCUCAGCGACGACAUGAACUCUCGACUGCUUGCAAGAUGCAAGUAAAAGUUGUUCUUCGCAGACUAGCAGGUUCCAGCAAAUAUCUUGGUCCUGACGCUGAACAGCUAAAGAGCGAAGUACAACUUCCAAUCAAAAAGGAGGAGGUAGAGCUGCCAUACAUUAAAGAGGAGGACGAUAUCACCAUGUCAAGUGGUGACCCCUUGAAUAGCGAGGAUGGUCCAAGUGAGGCCAGCAGAGGGACGGAGCCUCCAAGCAGCAGCUCAACAGAAGGAUCGCAAGCACACAUUUUCAUCGCAGAUAGAAAUGGCGCCACGUCACACUCACCUUACAAAGAUGAUGGUCAUAAAAAAUCUCACCAUGACAACAAACUCUGCAAACCCUCUCAGUGUGGGAAAACCUUUGUUAAUAACUUAAGUUGUCGUAUGCAUAUAAUGAGCCACACUAGUGAAAAUCCUAUUGUCUGCUCAAUUUGUGGUCAAAAAUUCACUCAGAAGAGCCACACAGACAGACACAAAAGAACCCACAAUGGUAAAAAACCUUUUUCCUGCUCUGUUUGUGGUCAAGGAUUCGCUCGUUUAGACACCUUAAAAACACACACAAGAACCCACACUGGCGAAAAACCUUUUUCCGGCUCAGAUUGUAGUCAAGGAUUCGCUCGUUUCGACACCUUAAAAACACACACAAAAUCCCACACUGGUGAAAAACCUUUUUCCUGCUCAGUUUGUGGAAAAAGAUUCACUCAGAAGAGCGCCUUAAACACACACACAAGAACCCACACUGGUGAAAAACCUUUUUCCUGCUCAGUUUGUGGAAAAAGAUUCACUCAGAAGAGUGCCUUAAACACACACACAAGAACCCACAAUGGUGAAAAACCUUUUUCCUGCUCAGAUUGUGGUCAAGAAUUCGCUCGUGUAGACACCUUAAAAAACCACAAAAGAACCCACACUGGUGAAAAACCUUUUUCCUGCUCAGAUUGUGGUCAAGGAUUCGCUCGUUUAGACGCCUUAAAAAAACACACAAGAUCCUACACUGGUGAAAAACCUUUUUCUUGCUCAGUUUGUGGAAAAAGUUUCACUCAGAAGAGCGCCUUAAACACACACACAAGAACCCACACUGGUGAAAAACCUUUUUCCUGCUCAGUUUGUGGAAAAAGAUUCACUCAGAAGAGCGCCUUAAACACACACACAAGAACCCACACUGGCGAAAAACCUUUUUCCUGCUCAUUUUGUGGUCAAGGAUUCAAUGAAAAGAGUGUCUUAAAAGUACACACAAGAACCCACACUGGUGAAAAACCUUUUUCCUGCUCAGUUUGUGGUCAAGGAUUCGCUCGUUUAGACACCUUAAAAACACACACAAGAACCCACACUGGUGAAAAACCUUUUACUUGCUCAGUUUGUGGAAAAACAUUCACUCAGAGGAGCACCUUAAGCACACACACAAGAACCCACACUGGCGAAAAACCUUUUUCCUGCUCAGUUUGUGAUGAAGGAUUCGGUCAUAGGAGUGCCUUAAAAGUACACACAAGAACCCACACUGGCGAAAACCCUUUUUCCUGCUCAGUUUGUGGUCAAGGAUUCACUCAAAUUCCCCUUUUAAAACGACACACAAGAACGCACACUGGUGAAAAACCUUUUUCCUGUUCAGUUUGUGGUCAAAAAUUCGCUCGCAAAGAUCGGAUUAAGAGACACGUUUGUAUUGGGGUGAGAAGCAGUGGCCAAUGACUGUUUUGCCAGUCAUCCAUGCUGCCUUCAUCAAAUUGUGCCUUCAUCAAUUGUUGUAUGUAGAGUUUCCUCAAAUCUUGUUGAGGAUUGGCAGUAUGUGUGCCUUACAUGUGCUUUGUCCAAUCCUUGUUUGAUGUGGAUCCGCAGUAUUGCCAAAAGUAUUGGCUCACCUGAAUUAACUCUCAAGUUGAGUGGUAUUAUUUAUAUAGUACGCUCCCUCUUUCAAACUACACUUUUCACAGUUAAAAUUUGAAACAUUAGACCCCAAAUUACAAAACAUUUUUUAAAUCGUUCUUCAAUAACAUAAUUACACAGAUAUGGAAAAUUAUGAUUGGCUCUCAAGUAUUAGGUUUUUUUUUAGGGAUGGGGCGAUGAUUAUAAAUAUACUGUUUAAAAAGUUACUAUUACUAUUAUUAUAUGACAGUGACAUAUUACGGCAGAAUAUUGGGGCCAAAUAAAGGGAGCACUUUAUAUACAUGUACCUUAGCUGGGAGCUCCGACAAAGCAUCAGGAAAAUC